UAAAUUGACUAUCUAGGCGUUUAAUAAUACGAAGUAUUGGAUACAAUACUUAAUACUAAUAGUGUGCAUUUUAUCUUAGAGAAAUAAAUCUACUAAAGAUGGAUGCAGAGAAACACUAAGCAUGGCUAGCAAAAUGCAAAUACAUAUUGCUGUGAUUGUUGCGUUCUACGCUUUAUUGUUAAACCAAUACACACUUUGUCAGUUUGUUGACUGUGGUGGUGAUUUGUCUGACCAGGCAGGGGUGAUAACAUCUCCAAAGUUUCCAAGCAGCUACCCAGAUAAUUCUUUAUGUCAAUGGCAUAUCACUGUAGCAGAAAACCAGGUCAUCAGUCUAAGAUUUAGUCGCUUAGACUUAGAUAGAUACGGGGAUCAAAACUGUAUGGAUUCUGUCACAUUCUUUGAUGGAUCCAGUCAACAAUAUCCACGGAUAGGCGAGAUAUACUGUGGUUACAGUAAUGAAGAAAGCACACUGAAUAUUCUAAUUCGAUCUACUGGCAAUACCAUGACAGUAGUUUUUACAUCUGACAGCUCAGGCUCAAGAACUGGGUUCAGUGCUUCAUACAGAGCCAUUGACUGUGAACCGUUCACUUAUGGUUCUGAAACUUGUGACAGAAACUGCUCUUGCAUCCAAGCGAAUACUGAUUACUGCCAUAACAUAAAUGGGCAUUGCAUGUGUAAUGCUAACUGGACAGGCCUGGACUGCUCACUCCUUGUUGACCACUGCCAAGAUCCAAAUAUUUGCAGUGAUCUUUACGACCAAUGUGUUAACAUUCCUGGAGGCUAUGAGUGCAGGUGUAAACCUGGUUUAGCCAAAAACAGCACUGGGCAAUGUGAAGAGCUCCAGAACUGCACCCAAAAACAGUGUUCUCAUUACUGUGGCCUGUCUGAAACAAAUCCAACAAUAGAAACAUGUUACUGUCCAAAGGGAAUGAAGCUUACUAAUGAUACAACAUGUGUUGAUUGUUCUGACUGGUACUACGGAGAUGACUGCGCCCACCAGACUCUGUGUAAUCCAUCCAGGACUGAAUCAUACAACAAAACCAAUGGCCUAUGUCACUGUUUCCUGAACUGGCAAUCCACUUACUGUGAAGAAGAUGUUGAUGAGUGCAGGCUUAUAAAGAAGCCUUGUGUCCUGGAGAUAGAUCAUGCCAGUUGUUAUAAUACUUUUGGAUCGUUUGAAUGUCGAUGUUCUCCAGGUUAUGAGCCAGUGAACGAAACAACAUGUGAUGAAUGCGGAAAAAUUUUGACAGCAACUUUAGGAACAAUUAAUUCCACCACUCGUUUAGCUGAUCACAAAGUUAGCCAAGACUGCAACUGGACAAUAUCCGCUCCAGUGGGACAUGUCAUUUCUUUAAGGUUUCUGACCAUGAGCUUGAAAAACUAUUACUCCUGGUGUUUAACCAAUAUCCACAUCUUUGAUGGUAAUACCACGAAUGCUACUUUAAUAUGGCGAGGAACCUCUUGGCCUAGUCCAAAUUUAGUAAGGACGUCUGGCAAUGAAAUGUUAAUUGUACAAUACCAAGAUUCUUGUGACUACAGGGGUCCUUUCAUUGGAUUCACUGCCUCGUUUUGGACACACGAAUGUCCUCCCAACAUGUACGAUGAUAAUUGCUCAACACCCUGUUCCUGUGUGGUCAACAACACCAUCAGAGGAUGCAACAGCUCCACUGGAUACUGCUCAUGCAAGUCGGGAUGGAGAGGCAGUGACUGUUCAGUAGACAUUGACGAAUGUUCCCAGAACUAUUUUCCUUGCCCAGACUAUUCACUUUGUUACAACUUACCAGGCAGCUACGAGUGUCGAUGUAAACCUGGACUCAUCAUGGGCUCCAACGUUUGCAACUAUGAUAUAAACUCCACAAACUGCACCACAAGAAACUGCUCACACAUGUGUGUCAACUAUACGCCAGUAAACAAGACCUCCCCAGUAGAUCAGUGUUAUUGUCCAAUAGGCAAGGAACUGGCCGGUGACCAAUGUAUCGAUUGCACCAACUGGAAAUAUGGACCUGAAUGUGAACGUAGCACCAGCUGUGUUAGAGAUCACACAAAGAAAUACAACUCCUACAAUGGUCAAUGUUUUUGUUAUCCUAACUGGACUACUACUUAUUGUGAAUACGACUUUGAUGAGUGUGACUAUGGUACCUACACUUGCCAGCCUCACGCAUUAUGUUCCAAUACAUACGGCGGCUACGAGUGUAACUGUGAUCAACAAUACGGUUACAUUGAAGGAACUAAUAAAACAUGUGAACAUAUUGAUUGCAACAAGAUAUUUACCAAUGAAACCGGUGCGAUCAUCAAUUACUUUUACAAUAAUUGGUUUGUGAUACUAAACGCUAGUUGCUCAUGGCUUAUCAGUGUGAGAAGGGAUUUUAUCAUAUCUCUCAGAUUCUCAACAUUCUACAUAAUUAGUGACCGCUGUCAAGACAGAUAUUUUGAGAUCUAUGAUGGUAGCAGUGUUUCAAGUCGUCGCAUUGGCCGUUACUGUGGCAGUGGCAUCCCCAGUGUUAUUCGAACAACAGGGAAUAAUAUGCUGGUUAGAUAUAUUUCUGACUCCAGCUAUUAUAGCAAUUAUGGAAACUUUAAUGCAACUUAUACAUCACACACCUGUCGAAACUUUACCUAUGGAAAGGAGUCCUGUGAUAAAAACUGUCGCUGUGUGAAAGAAAACACCCAGUUCUGUGACAACAUUAAUGGAGAGUGUAUCUGCAAGCCUGGCUGGACGUCAGGAGACUGUUUUACUGAUGUGAAUGAAUGUCUGGGCACCAACAACAAAGUCUGUCCAGCAAACUCUGACUGUGUCAAUACGAAAGGAAGUUACAGGUGUCAGUGCCACUUGGGUUAUAAACUUAAUGUGCACACGGGAAAAUGUGAAGUAAGCUCUGACUGUGUUGUGAAGCACUGCUCACACACAUGCUACAUUAUCAGUCCUGGUAAAGAGCAAUGUGUUUGUCCUGAAGGCCUUGAACUUGAUGAAGGGACACAACUGAAUUGUGUUGUACCUUACUAUCCAUAUGGUACGGAAGCUGGAGAUAGACUACUUUCAGAUGAGUAUAUUUCAAUAGGCUCAAUCCAUGUCAGUAAGCCUAUUCAGUUCAGAACCGGAGCCCCAUUUAGUCAACAGUACCAAACAUCAGCUUUUGUAUUCUCUAAUGGAGUUAUAGGCUUUAAUGACAACAUGUUCACAAUAGGAGGCACCACAGAUAUCAGUAAAGUCACCAACCUUAACAUUGUUGCUCCAUAUUUGGCUAAUAUAAAUCCAAAUCUAGGUCAAGUCUAUUACCACCUUUAUGACAAGUUUGGGGAUCAAUUUGGAGAUGUUGUAGAGAGAUUUGACAAUCCAAAGAUGGCUGAAAUCUAUGUGAGAGCACAGAAGGAUGUGAGAGAGUAUCACGGCUUAGCAGAUUUUAAAGUCAACAAUGUCCUAAUAACUACUUGGGUUAGAGUACAACCUUUUUCUCUGCAUAAUGAAACUUCAGAGGGGAAUACUUUUCAAGCUAUUUAUAUCAGUGGUUGGGAGACUGUUAAAAUAUUCGGGCAGACUAUACUAUUAGAUGAAGAAUCUGCCUAUGUAAUCUUUCUUUAUCAAUUUGGAAAGAUGAAUUGGGACUAUGUACCAGGAAGGAUCAUAAGCAUUGGAACAACAGGGAAAAACUUAAAUAUUCUCCGAAAUUUAAAUACACCGCUUGUGUCGCUGUUGGACAGAGUUCCUGGAAACACUGGCUACAAAGGAGUUGUCAGCUUUGAAGUAGGCAGAGUCUAUGGAAAUGCUCAGUCUUGUAACAGAUAUGUCUGUGAUAAUGUUAACCUUCUAAACAAUGGAAAAUACCAACAUGAGAAAAAUGAAUUGUAUAGAUGCCCAUGCACUUUGGAAAGACUUGGUAACCAAUGGCAGUUGUUUGAAACACGAGGACUCUUUAAUGAGAUUUACUGUUAUGCUAUUAGCCCUGUUGCAAAACGUAGACUACUCAGCAACAACAUAAGAAAUGAGCUUUGCUGCUACCGAUGGGUCAAACCUGAAAAUGAUGAUUGGAGGGAAUGGUUGAGGACCUGGAGAGAAGCCACCUACUUGCCACCCUCUCCAUACUCUGGUCACAUCCUAGUCAGAGACCCCUGGGACUACAACUAUUUUGCCAUUGAAAACUUGUACAUGCAUCACAUGUGUUGUAACACUCAAGAGAAAUAUUGUAACAGGUUCCACAAGCUGUUCCCUGACAUGGGAUGUUCUAAUUUUGUAACAUUUGUUCCCCGAUCAGCACUUGGGGAUCCACACAUUACAACAUUAGAUGGUAUUACUUACACUAUGAAUGGAUGGGGAGAAUAUAUUCUUUUAUGGAUCUUCAGCCAAGACUUUAGGCUUCAGUGUCGAACUGAAAGAGCUGAAGGACAGAAUGGCACACUUACAAAUGCCACAAUUUUCACAGCUUUUGCUGUCCAAGAAUCCAACAUCUCUAGUUUUCAAGUGGAGUUAUCAGCCUCAAAGAAAUCAAUGAUAAUAAUGGCCGGAGGCAUUGAUGUUACCACAGAGUUCUAUAAAGAAACCCAGCCUGGUAUUGUAGUCUCUACAGAUACACUAAGUGUGACCAGAGAAUACAGUAAUAAUAAAACCAUGGUAGUGGCUGGAUUCCCAUCUGGUGUAUCUAUUAAAGUAUACAUAGCUGCUAAAAGUCUUUUGAUAGAAUACAAUGUGCCAAAAGAUUAUGAGAACUUCACUGUUGGAUUACUUGGAAAUUUUAAUGGAAACACUGAUGAUGACUUUACUCUACCAAAUGGAACAGUUCUGCCCAGAAACAGCAGUGAAAGAGAAAUCUACCAUAACUUUGCUAAAGCCUGGGCAGUGAACUCCACAACCAGUGUUUUUAGUUAUAACCCUGGAGAGAGUACAGAAACCUACCAACACCCAGAGUUUGAACCAUUCUACAGAGAUGAAGCUGAUCCUACUGCUGUGGCCAAGGCUAAAGAACUAUGUGGAGAAACUAAUGAUGCUUGUAUAUUUGAUUAUCUUGUAACUGGGGACAAGGAGUUUGCCACAACAACGAAACAAGCCAAAGAAGAAAUGGAAGUCAUUAUUAUAAGCUUAGCCAACACACCACCAACACUAACAGUAAGCAAUGAAAGUCUGGACAGUAAUGGUUACUGGUCUGUUAGGAAUGGAACAGUUUCAACAUUACAAGUUUUAGUUGAUGAUGUUGAUGGAGACACUGUCAGCAUUGAGAUUCUGGUCAAUACAACUGGACUCAGUCUUAAUAGGACUGGGUUUAUCUCUUAUUUACCUAAUACCAAGCAACCAAUCUCUUUGAAAUUGCGAGCAGUAGAUUCCAAGGGCAGCUACUCUCCAGACUUGUAUAUCCCACUCCUAGUUUGCCUACAAUGCAACAGCCAUGGUACUUGUGACACUAAGACUGUUAGAGAAGAAUAUGAAAAUGGAAAAUUUAAAGUUCUAUCUUGUAGUUGUCUGGCAGCAUACACAGGCAAGGACUGUGAGUCAGAAGUGGAUGGUUGUGCCAGUCAGCCAUGUUUUAAAGGACAGACAUGUACUGAUCUAACUGCAGCUGAACAAGGAAAUAGUACCAUAGGCUACAAGUGUGGUCCUUGUCCUUCUGGGUUUCAGUCCUCAAUGGGCACUUGUAUAGAUGUAGAUGAGUGUUUGAAUAGUAAAGCCUGUGAUCAUUCAUGCGUGAAUACAGAAGGUUCCUUCACUUGUAGUUGCAGAAAUGGGUUUAGACUUGAUGCCACUGAUAAGAAAACUUGUAAAGAUAUCAAUGAGUGUGAAGAAAGGUCCUCAAGUUGUCUACAUAAGUGCACCAACACACCAGGAAGCUAUAAUUGUUCUUGUUAUACAGGUUACAUACUGGAUCCUGAUGGUUACACAUGUAAUAUAGAUGAUUCUAUCAAAGAAAAGUGUUAUGACUGUCAACAAGUUUGUAUCACUGGGGAGAAUGUGACCUGUGGGUGUAGGCUGGGAUAUGAACCAAAUCCCAAGUCUAUUAAUGAUUGUCAAGAUAUAGAUGAGUGUAAAUAUGGCAACCAGCCUUGUAGCCAGCAGUGCAUCAAUUUAGAUGGUUCCUAUGAAUGUUCAUGUUAUACUGGGUACAAAUUGUCAUCAGACAAAGUCUCAUGUUCUGCUUGUGAGGCUCCUUACUAUGGCAACAACUGUGCCAGUACCUGCCAGUGUAAUGGACGUGGAACAUGUAAUGCCAUCCGAGGCUGUGUGUGUAAUGAGCACUGGUCAGGGGAGAACUGUGAGAUUGAUGUGGAUGAAUGUCUCCAGCCCACAGCUUGUGCUGAAGGUCUAGUCUGUAGGAACACAGUAGGAGCAUUCCAAUGUGUUUGUCCAACAGGAUACAAGAUGAACAACACACAGUGUAUAGACAUCAACGAGUGUACAGACCCAACAGUCAACACAACAUGUGAUCUAAAUGUUCAAGUCUGUGUGAACAACAUUGGCAGCUACAGCUGUGAUUGCAAGAAAGGAUAUGCCAGGAAUAAUGAAGGCCUCUGUAUAGACAUAGAUGAGUGUAGUAGUCAUAUAGAUAAGUGCCAACAGUCUUGUGAGAACAAAGCAGGAAGUUAUAAUUGUCUUUGUUAUCAAGGUUAUUUGUUAGAUGAUGACAGGAAGUCUUGUAUCAAAGUCAAAGAUCCAUGUGCCUCUUCAAACCUGACCUGUAGCUAUGGAUGUAGAAUAAAUUCCAAUGAUGAAUAUGAAUGUUUUUGUCCAAGGGGCUUCACUCUGACUGGUCAAGAUAAAUGUAAAGAUAUCAAUGAGUGUGCCUUAAGUGAAACAAACUUGUGUUCCAACAAAAAUGGUUGUAUCAAUACAAAUGGAAGUUUUGUUUGUUCUUGUGAAGUUGGCUUUAAGUUGGACAAUGAUAACAGAUCUUGUGCUACUUGCAAUAAUGGUACGUGGGGUCUACAGUGUGCUAACAGUUGUGCUUGUGGACUUGGAGCUGAUCAUUGUGACAGCAAAACUGGAUGCGUUUGUAAAGUUGGAUACACAGGUAAACACUGUGAAAGUGACAUAGAUGAAUGUAAAAAUGGUAAUCUUAAAUGUAACAGUACUGAGAAGUGUCUGAACCUACCUGGAACUGCUACCUGUAAAUGUCAGGAUGGAUAUGAACGAGUUAAUGGAUCUUGUCAAGAUAUCAAUGAAUGCAGCAGUGUCCUUACCAAUAACUGUAGUCAGCUGUGUAGAAACACUGAAGGAGGCUAUGAAUGUUCCUGUUAUGCUGGAUAUAGCUAUGACAGCAAAACAUUCACUUGUAAUGAUAUUGAUGAGUGUAAGCUGCCAACAUCUAAAUGUGAACAGUUGUGUAUCAACACUGAUGGAAGUUAUCGUUGCUCUUGUACAUCAGAUCUUACCUUAUUAGCUGAUGGAGUCUCCUGUAGAGCUUCUCUGCCUUGUGUCAACAAGACUGACUGCAGCAAUGAUUGUGCUCUGAUCAAUGGAACUGACACUUGUCUUUGUCCUAGAGGAACAAAAUUGGCUGCAGAUGGGAAAACUUGUCAAGAAUGUGGACAAAACUACUAUGGACCAUCUUGUGCUUUGGUGUGUCAGUGUGAGACAGGAUGGAAAUGUGACAAUGUUAAUGGAUCAUGUUACAGUUUAUAUACUAAAGAGAUCUCCUCCUAUAACUACACUCUCACUUUUGGCUGGGACGUGUCUAAUGUAAAUUUAGACAGAGAUAGUGAGGACCACAAGAAGGUGAAAGAUGAAUGUGAGACUCGGAUGACCAAAACCUUAAGAGAGAAAAAAGUGGAUGUGGUCCUAUUUUCCAUUACAAAUCUCAGAAAGGGCAGCCUCAUCAUAGACUUUAUAUUAUUCAUCAACAAAAGUUCCUCCAGUAAUUCUCCAAGCAGUUUGACUAUUGCACUGAAUGCAAUCAAGUCAGAAGGAAUCUUUCUCAAUGGCAGCAAAAUAUUUAUAACAAGCUUCACAUUGAUUGAUACUUCCCAUAUUUGUGAAGCAAGACAGCAGACUAACCCAUGCAAGUCUUCAGAAGUAUGUCAAGUUCAAGGAAACAUGGCAGUGUGCAUACCAGUAGAAACAAACAAAGAUUUGAUUUUGGGACUGGCUAUAGGACUUCCAUUGUCGGUUGCUUUUUGUGGUAUUGUUAUUGCCAUAGCUGUCUGCAAAUAUAUUAAAAAGAAAAAGGCAAGAAUGUUGUCUUCAACAGAAUCUCUUCAUUCGAGUACUCUACAAAAGGACAGUUUGUAUGGAGUUUACAAAGACAGUACACAAAGACUUAAUGCUCCAAAAAGUACUGAGUACUUUGAAGGCUAAUGAAAGGAAAGUUUACUUUUUCUCUUAGCGACACCCUUAUUUGCAAUGUCAUUUGUUUAUUAUUCCUUGUCAUUUCUGUGAACUGUAUCAUUUUUAAGCUAAUUUUUCUUAAUCUAAUAGACUUUUUGUAUAAUAGUUAGUUCUUGUCGAACAGAUAUUGAUAGAUACAUUGAAAAUGAAGGCUUUAGAUAGGGUUAUAUACAGGGAAAGAAAAGUAAUAAGUCAUUGUCAAAUGUAAAAAAAAACAACAAUAUCAGCAAUAGUAUCAAAUACUUUCAUGUCUUUAAGAGUGUUGAAAUAUUUUUUUUUUUUUUUGUUGUCUUUUUUUAGAAGCAUGUAAGUGUUUAUAAUUAUAUGUAUAUAUAUAUAUAUAUAUAUAUAUUACUUUAAAACAUUAAACUUAUUUUAAUUACAUGAUUUUUAAAAGGAAUCUCAGAUUAAUCUGGUUAUUUAAGGCUGAAAAAUUAGCUAUUGUUAGUGUAUAGCAAUAUAAAAUCAGAAUUUUUUAAUAAACUACAUAAGUCCAUAUUUGGAUUUAGUGACUUAUUUUUAAAAGAUGUUUUUUUGUUUUUUUUUUUCAAAUUAUUAUCGACGGUUACCAUCAUAUUAGAUUAUCUAAGCAAUUAACAUGUCGCAAAAAGAAAUUUAAAAGUUAUUGUAAGUUUAUGAGUCACAGAUGUUUUUAGCUUUAUAAUAGUCUAAUCUUGGUUGUGUUACACAAAAUUAAUGCACUCAAAAACAUGUACACAUUUUUUGUUGCAAGAACAAUUAAUAAAAUAUAUGUAUUUUUAAAUGAAA